CAACUAAUCUCAAUCAUUGGUAGGGCAGUGUGAAAAUUCAAUGCCAAUGAGCUUUUACUAUUAUUAUUUAUAUGCAAACAUUUUGAGCUCUCUCUCUACAAAUUUUACAUCUUUUUGGAUCUAAGUUGUUGCUUGAACACUUCAGUUUGUUCAUCAUAAGUUCUUACAGCACCCAGAAGCAUCUUCUGGGUGUUAGUUGUCUUGUUUUGUUUGUGUUCUGUUUCAUAUUUUUUGUUUCUUGCAUACCAUUCUUGAAAUUCUAUUGGUCAAGCAGCAUUUUUUUUAAGGAUUUCUUGUUUUAUUUUGCAUACUUACUUCAAUAAAAACAUCUGAAUUUCAAUGCUUUAGUGUUGAUAAGUCACUUUUUUCAGUGUUAGUGUUAAUUAUACUUGCAUAGUGUUAGUGUAGAUAGCUUGUUUAGAACUGUCUUUUUCAGGGCUCUACUUGAUUUCUUGAUUGAUGGAUAAUCCUGUAAUCUUUUCGGUUCUUUUCGUUUUAUCUUUUAUUAUAUGUUCUUGCAUAUCCUCUCCUCUUGAGGAUCAAGAGAGAGACAAGAUCACGUAUUUGCCUGGUCAACCGACAAAUGUAGAAUUCGAUCAGUAUUCAGGUUAUGUUACUGUGAACCAGCAAGCUGGGAGGGCAUUGUUUUACUGGCUAAUCGAGUCUCCUGUAAGUCGCCAACCUGAGUCAAGACCGCUUAUUUUGUGGCUUAAUGGUGGCCCUGGCUGCUCCUCUGUUGCUUAUGGAGCAGCUGAGGAAAUUGGUCCUUUUCGUAUUAAGCCCGAUGGCCAGAAUCUUUACUUCAAUCCGUAUGCUUGGAAUAAGUUGGCAAAUUUGCUAUUCCUUGAAUCCCCAGCUGGUGUUGGCUUUUCGUAUUCAAAUACCACAUCAGAUUUGUACACUGUUGGUGACCAGAGAACUGAAUCUGCAUGUUGCGAAUUUGUAGCUGAAGAUGCUUAUGAAUUUCUACUCAAUUGGUUUGAAAGGUUUCCAAAGUACAAACAUAGAGAUUUCUACAUUGUCGGAGAAAGCUACGCAGGUCAUUAUGUUCCUCAGCUGUCACAAAUUGUUUAUCAAAAGAACAUGGGAAUUCAGAAUCCUGUUAUGAACUUUAAAGGAUUUCUGGUGGGAAAUGCGGUUACUGAUGAUCAUCUUGACUAUGUUGGCACAUUUGAGUACUGGUGGACUCAUGGUUUAAUCUCUGAUUCCACCUACCGAACUUUGCGUCUCACCUGCAAUUCUGAAUCUUCUGUGCACCCAUCAGCAGAAUGCAUCAAGGCUCUUUACCUUGCAGAGUUGGAGCAGGGGAACAUUGAUCCAUACAGCAUUUUCACGCGGCCUUGCAAUAGCACUGCAUUGCUGAGGCGCAACUUAGGGGGUCGUUAUCCAUGGAUGUCAAGAGCAUAUGAUCCCUGCACCGAAAGGUAUUCUACAGCGUAUUUCAAUCGCCCUGAAGUUCAGAAGGCACUUCAUGCAAAUGUCACUGCGAUCCCAUACCAAUGGAAAACAUGCAGUGAUAUUGUUGGAAACUACUGGGCAGAUUCUCCGCUUUCAAUGCUUCCUAUAUACAACGAACUCAUCGCUGCUGGCCUGAAAAUAUGGAUUUUCAGUGGAGACACUGACGCAGUGGUUCCUGUGACUGCAACCCGUUACUCCAUCGACGCGUUGAAGCUACCAACUAUUACCAACUGGUAUCCUUGGUAUGAUAAAGGGAAGGUUGGCGGGUGGAGCCAAGUAUACAAAGGGCUAACUUUCGUGACAGUAACCGGAGCAGGACAUGAAGUUCCGCUCCACCGCCCUCGACAAGCUUUCGUUCUUUUCAGGUCGUUUUUGGAGAACAAGGCAAUGCCUAGCUAAAGCAUGAAACUAUUCACAUAAUUUAAGUGAAUAUGCAUACAAAUUGUAGAAUUAUUCAGAUACAAGAAUCUGUAUACAUGAAAUGAAUAAAAAGAAACAUUUCUAUGUCCUGAAGCUGUAGAAUAUUCAUAGGAGAGGGGUUCAGUCUUUACAGGGAAGCUUAAGUCUUAAGCUAUUGAUAAUGUAAUCACUACACAAAUGCUUGGUCUGAACUUUUUUAGGAUUUUAUCUAUUUUUUAAGCUCAUAGUUCAUGAGCUAAAUCCAAUAUAAUCCAAUCCAAUGUAUAAUGAAUUAAUGAUUUUAUAUUCUUGCUGAA